UCCAAACCCACACUGUUUUAUUUAUCUAUAACAACACUCAUCACCCUCUCUCUAUUUUCCUAAGUUUUUCACUCUUCUCUGCACCUCACACCCUUGUUUCUUUCUCUCACAAAAACAAACCCCACCAACAACGCUUCUUCUAUUUUUAGACACACCCCAAUCUACCAAAAACCACGUACGAGGAACAGAGGCAGCAACAACAACGUUAUCUUUUUUGUUUUUGCUUUGUCCAUGUCUGUUCUAAAUAGAGCCAACGAAAACGGAAAUGAGGUAAUGAUGAUUUGUGAGCAUUUAUAAGCCAUAAAACACCCUCCUUCGUUUUCGUAUCACAUCGAUCGUUUCCCCUUCUUCUUCUUCUCUCCCUCCAUUCCUCUGUUUUUGCCUUGUUGUCCUGUUUUUUCUUUGGUCUUUUCCUCUGUCUUUUUCGAGGAAGAACCUUGUGAGGUUGCUAUGUCUGCAAUCUAUCCACACGCUUCCCUGAAAUGGGUUUCUGUGUUUCUACGUUCACAUGCUCCCUCUUAAAGGUUUGAACAAUCCGAGACAAAAAAAAAAAAAAUACAAACAAGAAGAAGAGAAACAAAUAAGCCAAAAUGGCAUCUUCCCAGAUUGAAAUCGCUUCUUCAUCGCCUUUUGGUUGCGCUUUGAGGGACCGCAAUCACCGCGAAGCGUGCAGCAGGGAAAGCGGUAACGUGAAGAGCACGCAUCAUCAUCAUCAUGCUAAUUUCCAAAGAAACAUGAAGAACUUUGUGAUGGACCUUAACAUGUGCAUGGCUGUGUCUUCUGAUUCGAAAGCAAAUGAAAAUGAAAACAACAGCAGCAGCAGCAUCAACAACCACCGGAAGGCUCCAAAAAACAAACAGCUAGAGAGGCUUCUUAUCACACGAGCCAACCCCUUUAUUAACAACAGCAAUGUCGCCAGCAAUGAAACCUCGUUGGCCUCGUUGAUCAGCCCGAGACACUCGGGCCUUCUCGAUCGAUGGGCCACGAGGCAGGCUUGCCAGAUGGUGUCGAAUUUGGAGAAUGAGGCGGAGUUGUUGUCGAUGGAUGGCAAUGACAUGCUUCCAAGGACUUCUAGUUCCUCCGAAGAGGAGUCAUCCUUCUCCUCGGAGACUCGAAAUGGAGGUGGUGCCUCUUCUCUUGUUCAGAUAUGGGAGAAGAGGCUGAACCAAUCCAGUGUCUCCAAACCCAACACGCCAAGGGAGAGGAUUGGUUCGACCUCUUCUUCCAUAAAUGAGAAUGCUAAUGCUUUCUCUCCGGAGAAUGCUAAUGCUUUCUCUGGGGAGGAACAAUGCUUUGAUGGACCCUCAGGGAACGAAGAAUCAUUUACAUCUUCUUCGUUCCCUGAUUGGGAAUCUAGUGAUCAGUCCCUUUCGCCAAGCCGCAGGUCGGAGAGUGACAGGGUCAGGGUUGCUGACAUCAUAAAGAAACUAACUUCUACAAGCCAGAAUCAGUGUCCAACACCUUCCUUUGCUGAUGACAAUGAACAUGAAGGGUAUGGUAGCAGCGUGACAGGUUCUCCUUGUAGAGAGCGUGAAUGUGAUCAACAACAUUCGGAGCAGAACCGUAGAGUUAAUUGUUCCUUGCGAAUUAGAGGGCGCCGUGCGUACAUUGAUUUACUUGCACAGAUGGAGAAUGACAGGCUUGGGGAGCUUAACAACCUGGUAGAGCGUGGAGCAGUCUCCAAGUUCCCACAAAGAGGUCGCAUUCAGGCAAUGCUUCGACUUAGAUUAUUGCAACGUGGUGUGGCAGCUAAUGAUCAGCCCCGCCAGAAAUCAACAGCAUCUGAAGUAAACAACAGUCAGCCACAUGGAUAUGCAAUUAUGCAAUUAAGGGAAAGAUUUAGCAGUGGAGCUGAACUUAGAACUCCAGUCCAGACCGAAUUAGCUAACCCAAGAAGUCCUCAAAGGGAGACAGUAAACAAAACCACACAAUUGGAUAACUCUGUCACUACUGAUCAACUCAGCAAAGACACAAGCAACAAGAAAGGUCACGGAAAUGCCAAUCAUGCCACAGAAUCCACACAAAAGUCAGCAUCGCAGACUAGAAUAGAUCAUAGCACAGAAGAAGCUCAUCCAAGUUCAGAUAUCAAGGCUCCACAAAAUGACUCACGAGAAACUACCGAGGCAACUACAUCCACGAUUGAUUCAAAUCUAAAUGAGAUGACCGCAGAUAGGGAAGAGACGAGCAACCAACAGAAUGCUAUGGCUAAAAGCAGUAAUGAUGAGACAGUGAAUGAGGAAGAGGAAAGUAACCAGCAGCAUGCCGAAACCAGUUAUGAGGAGACAAUAGAAGAGGCAAGUAAUCAGAACUAUGCUGAAAGCAGUUAUGAUGAUGAGAUGGAGGAAGAGGUAGAGGAAAUUGACCAGAAUUGUUAUGAAACUAAUUAUGACUGGAUCAGUGAAAUUUCUAGGCCUAGGAGCUACUGGGAAGAGUGCAGGCAAGCAUGGUAUAGAGAGAUGCUAGAAACUGGUACUCAAAAUGAGGAUAUACGGAGGCUUCUUGAAAGAAGAACAGUGUCAAGUUUCCUUUCUAGUGACUUCCGGGGUAGAAUGGAUAGAUUGAUGGAAUCUCAUAGGGGAACACAAACACAUCUAGUGAAUAGUCAAGACCGUGAGGAAGACAGCCAAGGAUUGAUGGCAUUUUUACAAGAACGCUUGCAUUCUACAAGAGCUUCUCAAGAUGGAAGUAAUGCGAGGGAGGAAGAAGAUGAGAGUAGAAAUCAGGAUGAGGAAGAGGAGGAUAAUACAGAUGAGCAGGAGCAGGAGCAUGAAGAAGAGCAUGAAAAGGAGAGCUUGAUAAGUGGUUCAUAUCAUGAAGUCGGCGAUUAUUCUAAUCGAUCCUCAUCAUGGAGUUACAGGGACAACGAAGCUGGUGAUGAUUUCGAUAGAGUUGUUUCUUCAUCCCCACAACCUUAUCAAUCUCAAUCUUUCUAUUCGGAAUGUCGGCACUCUUCAUCCACCAAUCAUCAUUCAAUUGAAAUGGAACUCAUAUAUGAUUUGAGAGGGCAUAUGGAGCAACUUUAUAGUGAGAUAUCUGAGCUAAGGAAAUCAAUAAAGGGCUGCUUGGAAAUGCAGAUGGAAUUACAACAAUCUAUUAAACAAGAGGUUCAAACAGCUUCAGUCAUGCAAUGUAAACACACCAUUACAGUUAAAAAAGAAGAAAAGAAGUCCAAUGACACGACUUUAAAGAAAGGCAACUGCUGCAUUUGCUAUGAGAUGAAAGUUGACUCAGUUUUGUACAGGUGUGGACACAUGUGUACAUGUCUCAAGUGUGCCAAUGAGUUGCAAUGGAACAGUGGAAAAUGUCCUAUAUGUCGCGCUAAAAUAGUGGAUGUUGUUCACGUAUAUGUUGACAGUUAGCCUGUCACGGCGAAUUGAAUCUCACACCAGAGGACUAUCCUUAGUCCUGAAACUUAGUAAACUGCUACAAUUAACAUCAUACACCACAAAUGAGUUUCUCCCUUUCACAUAUACUUUUAUCAGGUAUAUGUUUUUUUUAGGAGAAAUUCGUUUGAUAACAUUGUACAUUUGAUAGUUUUAAAUUUAACCUUUUUUUUUCCUGUUGAUAUGUGUUCAGUAUAAUUCAGUCUCUCAGAGUCUCAGUCUUGUAUUACAAGGAUUUAACAAAACAAAGACUGAG